AUGCUACAAUUUUUGGUUGUACAUUUAGAGGACAGAGAAGUGAUCGAAAAUAUUUCUAAUGACAAUGAAUCUGAAGAGACGUCUCAAGAUAAUACGAACACUCCAACAACUGCAAUAAAUGAAACUCCAACUACUGCAUUAAAUGAAAUUCCAACUGCUCCAUUAAAUGAUACUCCAACAAACGUACUAAAUUAUACUCUAGCAAAUUAUACACCUACAACUGCACGUAAUUUAUCUCAACGUACAAGUACAUUAAAAAUAGUCAAGCUUGUGCUCGUCCGCAGAAGAAAACGACCUCACAACCUUCGUCUUCAUCAUCAGAACUUUCGGCUUCUGCUUCACUAA